AAGUAAUCGCACAACAUACAUCGAAUAAAACUGUCAUCAUGUCUGACGAGCGUGAGUGAUUGCUUCGUCACAAGAACUUAAGCAGCCUUUUAUCAUCUUCGCUGACACGGACGACAAAACGAGAAAAUCUGUAAAGUGCCCCGUACGUUUCCGGCGAGGUCGUGACGAGCGCGAUGAUCUAAAAAUCCCCCGCGAUCCCACUCCGUGGAAGAAUCUUUCCCAUCUCGUGCCACCGCCUGGAUUGGCCGCCGCGGAAAAGCGACGUCGCGCGGAAAAGCUGUCGAUUGGCCGUAGGGCGAGGCUUGCGUCGUGACGGAAGCGUCGCGUCCGAUUGCACCGUAGAAGCACCCAAAGCUCCACCUACCUCAGAACGCGCGAUACUCGUGCAAGCUCAGGAGAGCCGGGACCGAGAGAAUGAGUGACGAGGAACAUCAUCGGGCUCGUUAAGAAGAGAAGAGAGAAAUAUCAUUUCUACGAGUCAGAGAGCGAUCGAUAACUGAUGAGAGCAUCGUCGAAAUCUGAUAAACGUCGAGCUUCUCUCGAUCAAUAGAGACAAAAACCGCCUUGAGUGAAAGCGUCUCAUGUGAAAGUAGAGAUCUUCAGAAGAGCUUCAAAACGGAAAGAGAAGAACGGGAGGAAAAGAACAGAGAAAGAGAGAGAAGAGGGCGAAGCAGUUCUUAGCGGUGGGGGUUGGUCGAGUAAAAGAGGGAGGCUCUUCUCGAGGGAGGAAGAGGGGAGCAGCGCUGGUUGAGUGUGGUAAUUCGAAAAAUAAGUCUCCGCGGGCGACAAGCACACUUGACCGAAGCACACUCGAAUCGGAAGGGUCGAGCACUCGGGAAUAACAAUUAAUAACGCCAGUCGACCUACCAACAAUCUUCGGGCUGCCCGAGGGCCUUCAGAAAUUAUGUGAACGCGAAAGGCGCCUAGCAUUCGUCGGCGCCGAUCUUCCGAUUUCAACGUAUCGACGAGCAAGAAUGACAGCAUGUGUGGCUAAGAAAAUUCAAUGUAAAAUUUUUCAACUUUUUUCGAUCGGUUUAUAAGAGUGAGAGAAGUCAAAGUUUGCCGCGAAGAAAAGAUAAAGUGAUAAACUUAGAUGGUGAGAAUUCGUAAUAUGUGACGCAAUGAGCUUUUCGUGUGUGGACAAUUGAUAACUGCAACUAUGACGAAGAAGAUUUGAAGAGCGGAUAUUGUGUUAAAAAAAAAAAAUUAUUUUGUGGCGACUUUCAUUCGUGAUCGUCGAGAAAGGGAACGGUGGAAAAGUACGGAGUGAUGGAGGACGACAAGCGCAGCGAAGCUUCGCCGAAACCAUUUCAACCGACCCCUUUCAGUAUCGCCGAUAUUCUGAGCCGGAGAAACUCCUGCGCGGAUUCGAGGAGAUGCGACUUGGAAAAAAUUCAGGCCGCUGUCUCCACGCCGGUGAGGAGGCACAAUCGCGAGUACGAGCGCGUGGAAAACGAGCAGCUCGACGGAAGCUACGAUCAUGAUCAGGUGAUUCAUUAUUCGAAAUUACCCACGCCGGAGUUGAGUAUGGCGCACGAGUUGGAUAUCUUAAGGAGAAACCUGGCGCAAGCAAACUUAUCAAGUUUCGGAGGCAUCCCGCACUUGACCCAAGGAACCUUCAAGAAUCACUUCGAAACUCUGGGAAACCUGACAGCGUAUCAGCCUGUUAAGGAACCGAUGGAAACUUCUCAUAGGCAGCAAGACGAAGCUUUAGAUAUGAGUAAAAAUAAAUAUCUAGAUGAGGCGGAGGACGAGGCGUACGAGUCGCAAAAUUCAGGCCAAAGUUUACAAAACAGAAAGAAGCGCAGCAGGGCGGCAUUCUCGCACGCGCAAGUAUACGAGCUGGAAAGAAGAUUUGCCGCUCAAAAAUACCUGUCGGGUCCCGAGAGAGCAGAUCUGGCACGUGGCUUGAAAUUGACGGAGACACAAGUGAAAAUCUGGUUUCAAAAUCGACGGUAUAAGACCAAGCGACGCCAGCAGCAGGAACUAGGCGCCCUCGUAAACUCUGGAAAUGCCAGGCGCGUGGCUGUGCGCGUCCUGGUACAUCCCGACGAGCAUCUGAGGGGGUUGCCUCUCCGUGGUUCCGGACAGCUUCCCGGGCAGAUGUCGAGCACGCAAAUUCAUCCCGCAAACAAAACGCUCGGCGGUUUCCCGUAUUAUUGUCUGCCGUAUCACCCGCUACUCUGCCCACCCCUACACGCCACCCACGUUCAGGUACAAAGCCCAAUCACGCCCGACUUCGAGCCGAGUCAAAUCUCGAAAAUCAAGGAUGAAAAGUGAAGCGAUAGACUACUCUCGAAGUACCGAACUAGCGUUUCAUGUUGAAAUGCAGAUGAUCACGCACUUCAAUGCGAAAUAUCAUCGUUCGAAAAAUGAUGAUACGUUUUUUUCGGUAGUUGAGAGAGAACUUUUUUGGAAAAUUUAUGAUUCAGUCCGAGACAUGAAUUGAAGGACUUAGGGAUAACAGCAUGCUCAGUACGGAAACAGUGAUUUUGUGAAAAUAUUUAAAAAUUUGACUAGAUACAGAUCUGAAAAUAAAUCAUUAUGAUCAUCAAAAUUAUUAUGCAGAACGUUUAAGCAUGUUGAUGAUACUGCGAAAAAUUUUUUUGUUCUAGCAAUUAUUUUAAACGUCAUAAUUAUUGUGACGAGCAAAAUUAUUUUUAGAUAAAUAUUCGAUCAAAUUUUUAUUAUUUCAGUAAAACUGCUCUUUCCGUAUAUAUUGAACAAACAUUGUAUAUACAUAUACCAUGUUUUUAGAUUACAUUUAUUUAUUAAAUAAUAUAGCGCUCUUCAAUCCAGAUGUGUCUUGCAUUUUUUAGAAUAGAAAAUUGAAAAAUAUGUUCAAAACAAGUAUGUCUUUAAUAAAUAUUAUUAACGAUUUAUCAUGCUUUCUAGCUUCUUCUUAGCUUAUUUGCAAAAGCACUUUAAUUUAACGGUGUUACUUCUAAGUCUUUCAAUUACAUCUGGAUCUACGAGUAUCUCAUGCGUAUAAAAAAUUAUUUCUUUAAAAUUACAUUAACACCCAUUACAUUAGAUAACUGAAUUUAUCAAUCAUCUCGUAGCUGUCUGAGAUUAUCUCACGCAUAUUUAUUGUAAUUCAGUGACGAUAUCAAAACAAUCGUGUAAAUUAGCCUGUAAAUAAAUGUAUAAAAUACGGAA